CAGAAAGAUACGUGCAUCAUAAAACCAUAUUCGUUUGGCCAGAGUGAAUGUCACAGCCUCAUAUGUGGAUUACUUUAUACCAAGAGAAAACAGUUGCCCGUUUCCAGGAAGCAUCAUCAUGCUUUCAUAACCUCAAAUAUGCAUCCACCAAGCCGUGCUGCCACCAUGCGGCCGUUCGUGCUGCUUCUCAUCGUGGUGCCCGCAAUAUUGCACGCGUACCCACAGCGACAAACGGACCGCAGGCGCGCAGAUGUAGUGCAGGCGAGUGUGACAACACGAGGCAGUCGCAAAUACAAUCCAAGAGACAGACCGCUGCUGGAAGAAGAACCAGGUGCCUGGCGUCCAGAGAGAACGGAACAUCGCCAACCCAGCAGACCACUGUCCCAACAGAGGGGCCGCAGCUCUGCUUCAAGCAAGGGCCCCAGUUCUGAAGCAGCGCCAUCCCCAGCGAGCAGCAGGAGAAGGACUGGGAACAGGACAGCGCACAUACAUAUUCCUGAACCAGAGACUGCAUCCUCAGUGUUAACUUCAGUCGCACAACAACUUGUUUCUUCACGCAGAAGCUUCCAGGAAGAACACUCUGCUCCAGGAGAGGUUACUCCCCAGUCAGAGAGCCCUAGACGACAUCUUGGUAUUACCCCAAACUCCAGACACACUCCUGCUGACAAGAACAUUGGACAAAAUCGGAACAGGACACAAACCAAUUCCCAUAGGUCAGACGACACCUCAACAGAGUUUUCAAGGAGAUCCCGAAAUGGGAGGAGACACUCAACAACCUCUACAGAGACUCCUAAGAGGUCUGGCAGACGUGGUGCAUCUACUGGGCGUCGUAGACAGCAGGACUCUCUGUCCAGUGGCAUUACACCAGCUACUGUUCAGCAUAGUACCUCGGUACAACCCGUCAGAACUGAAACAUCAUCACCACCACCAUUAACAGAGGGUUCAUCAACUGUCAAGAUACCAGAUGAAACAGAGAUACCUCUUGAGAUAUCUAACACCACAACAGGGGUAACGACACAGCUAGAAGUAAAGGAAGAACUUCCAGUUGCCGAUGUUCCAGAAUUAGUAAGCAUUAAGACAGGGGACCUGCUUGAAAUCAGAAGGAAAGAUGCUUCAGACAGAAGUGGCAGGAAAAUUGAUUCAUCCCAAACAAACGUUAGUGGAAAGAGGAAUAGAGGUAAUAACGUCAUACUGGACUCUGUAAGUUCUACAAGUUCACAACAGCCCCAUAGGCAACCUUCAAGUUAUAUUGACGUACUUCCAAACGUACCUAAGGGUACGUUGACUUCGUCACAUGAUCUCCCAUCUGAGAUUCCAAGGAGGGGAUUCACUAGAAGAACAACUACAACAGAUUUUCCUCCUAAGGAAUGGGAAAGGCAAUCUACAUCAAUAUCUGUAAGGCGCAAGAAUGUGGUUGCUGAAGUAGAUGUCCCAGUGAAUGGACCAAGAAGCAGAGGACAGCCCCGAAACAGGGCCAGAGAAUCAGCAGAGACAGAAAGAAGUGUGGAGGUUAGACAUCAGAGGACACAUCACAGGAACUCCAUCACAUCUGGUAUAAGUAGAGUUGGCUUAUCAGAUGAUGCGGUGCCAAGGAGCAAGCCACCAAUUACAACUGGGAACUUAGGUCGCCAGACCUCAUCUAGAAACAGAGAUGUGACCCAGACUCCUCUGAAUAGUAGAGAUGGUAGCAGGAGGAGCCACUUCAGAAGAGAUCAGUUUGAACUCCACAAGUCUGUUUCCAGCUCUGAGAGCCCUGAGAAUACUCCACAGAGUCAAUCCAGUAGAGAGGAGGAAGUGAAAAAGUUACAGAAACAAGAGAUGGUGAAGCACAUAAGGGACCCUGAAGAACAAGAAAUGGGAGCAGACCUGGAGGACUCAUUUAUUACUCGCAGCUCACACCGAGUGGUUACAGUGACAGUGUAUCCCUACAGCGAGGAUCAGAAACUUCCAAAAGUUGGCAGUAACACUUCUAAAGGCAGAACAAAUACUGCUGAUAAUAUUAUGGUAGAUUCCAAGAUAGUCUUCAGGAGGUCUAAUGGCACUACAGAUGUUAGCAAGAUCAAACCAAGAAUUGCCAGCCUCUUGCUGGCACCAACACCUCCACCAAGCAAAACAGAGAACAUUGCCCAACAUCGCCAAAUGCAAGUGGUGGGGGUUUACAGUCGCCUGAGAGACAGUAAGUUCAGCAGCACUCGAUCUGAUGACAACAGUAACAGUGAAGGCCACAAUGUGACCACCACUGUGCCACCCUUCACUAGGUACAGCUCCAGGAAAUGUUCUGUUGACAGUGAUGAAAACAAGCUCAACAAGCUGCCAUCCACUGCUUCAAGAGGAAAGUCCUGUGAUGAAAAGUAUCAGAAGGAGACACCACCUCUUCCAACUGCAGAGAUGCACCAACGAGUCCCAACUUCAUCAUCAACAGUGUCUGCUCCAAACCCAAUUGUUUCACACACAGGUAGAAGUGAAUUCAAACAUCAUCUCACCUACAUGCCUGAAAAAAUUUCCCCAUCCUCCAUAUCUUCAACCAUGAAACCUCGACCUCCAUCCUUAUUUCUUCCAACAGUUCGGAAAUCGACAGACAGUCUGGUAACUACCUCCAAUACUGGAAUUGGAGGAAACACUCGAAAGAGACCAGCACCACGGUCAACAUCUAGCUUCAGGAGGAGUGUGGAGCAUGCCAUGGGUGACAAUUGGAUAGCGCCCACCACUAAUUCUGUGUCUGUGGUGACCUCACAGUCUUCACUAGCCAGCAUUCCCCGGUUCAGCUCACGGUACAGGAGUGAGCUGCUGCGAGCAACAGGCCAUGGUCUGCGGGGCACCACCGCCCCUGUAUAUGUGCCCACUGUUCCAACAGUCAGCACCACCAGCACCACUGUGCAGAGCAUGUUUUCUGACACACCUCCUGAUGCACUGAAUCUUCUGGAUGUCACCGAGUCAAGAACACCAUCUAGCUGGAAACAUACCAUCACAUCCCAAUCUAUCUCCCACACUUUAUCACCAAACAAAGCUUCCACACACACUUCAAAUUCUCAUAAUGCUAAACAAGCUCUAGAGUCCAAAACUUCUGUCAGUAGUCAUAAGUCCUCUGUGUUGUCAGUUUCUGUGCAACAGUCCAUUACUGGAGGUGCCACAGUGAAACAUUCAGACAGCAGGAGAAAGUCCACAACCCAAGAGUCCAAUCCUCUUGCUAAUAGUUCUCCCUCUCUUGACAGAUGGAAUCUACAGACAAAUUUAAAGAAUUCUGAGAUGAAUUCUGCACAGUCAACAAGAGACUUUCCAAACACAGACAUACCUACUGCAAAGGAUAUAAUUAAAAACACAGAGACAAUGGACUUCAAUGGUGUUCCUAACAAACUGAAAGCUACUACCAGAUCAAGGCAGAAUCUCCUGACUAAUUCAUCCAAAAUUACAUUGAAAGAAACUCAGAAUAUACAAAGGGAAAGUUUCCCAGUCACAAUACCAUCAAACUUGAAGACCAAUAUCACUACCAUAAUAAAUAAGUCAGCUGCAACUGAAUUUAAUCUUAAACCAGAUAAAAUUAUAACAUCAUCUGCAGCAGUCACCUCAGUACUAACCAAAGAGAAUCCUUCAGACACACAAAAAUACAGUGACUUUACUACUGAAGUAGCCUUGAUAGUAGACCAAAAAUCAAAAAAUACCAUACAGUCCCAAAAGAAAUCUCUUGGAAACAAUUUUCUUUUACAAAAUUUCCAUGAUAUAAUUAUCCCAUCAACUACUAAAUCCCCUCCAAUGAAGACCAUAAAGACUGUCUUUUCUGACCCAGCUGUGACAGAGAACAUGCCAGUGCAGUUUGCAGUGAAGUCGACUCCCCCACCUAAGGGGAGAGUGGGCAGCACCACAUCCAGAGUUGUCAGAGUACGAGAUGUCAAAAGUUCCCUGCAGCCAGCUGCAACUACUGUAUCGACCAUUAGUGACAGAACCAUCUCCCAGAGCAGAGUUCAGGCUCGGGCAGCCACUGAGGUACCAAUCAGUUUCACGACCACAGACCUUCCUAUUACAACCACUGAUCUAAUUGUAAAUGAUAUAUUCACAUCAGACUUACCAACUACAAUAUUUGAAACUCUAAACUUGCAAACUACAACUUUGUCAACCACAGAUGCACUAAGUAUGACUGAGCCAAGUUUUGAUUUGUCAGCCACAACUGAACUUCCAACAAUUGCUCCAAGGACAACCAUUUCAAAAACCACAAAUAUUCCAGAAAUUUCACCUAUUCCAACCACAACUCUUCCAGUAACCACAACCUCUGAAACAGUUUCGACUAUUCCAACCACAGAUACUCCAGCAACCACAACCAUUCCAACCACUACAAUCUUUCCAGUAACCCAAACCAUGCCAAUACCCACAACUACCCCUACUACAACAGCAUCUCCAAGCACUCCUCAUCCACAAGUCACAACUAUCAGUAUAAUAACGUUACAAGAUGCAGACAGUAAUGUCCGACCACUUUCUGUCACACAGACAACCCCAACUGCAGUCCCUCGAGUGUUCACAACAACACUACGUACCCCGGCUCCAUAUGUUAUAUUUGGCAUCUACCCCAAUGGAACAGUGUUCAGGAAACUUCCUAACUCAGACUUCAAAGAACAGGUACAUGAAAAUGAAAUAGCUCGACGAAACCCAUUUUAUCCUGACCAGCGUUAUUUCAGCACUACCCCUUCUGCACCAGCACAGUCUGUAGAUAGUAAUGAAAUUACACUGCAAGCACCAAGCUUUGAUGAUGGCUUCAAUGCUGUAAGGAACCAAAUUCAGGAUGAAGAUGCACAAGUUCCACAACUUCCAACAGCUGUAACUACAAGACCCCAGCUGCCUCCAGCACCCACUGAAGCACCAUCACAAACAUCAGGGUUCGCGCUGGGUAAACUCAUAUCUAAUGCACUGGAUAUUGAUCCUCAAAAAGGUUCCUUGCCAUCAACACGUGCAAAAUUCCUUGCUGAAAUAGUGAGGAAUUCCAACAUAAUUACUGCUCGCACCACUACAACCAUGACUACCACUGCCACUACCACCACCACCACAGCCAAAACGACUACAACACCAGCUCCAAUGCCUGCAUUGCCAACAUCAACAGUUGCAACACCCAAGGCAACAGCAAACCCAGCAGCUGGGGUGCUCGAUGACUUUUCCUUCCUGAAUGUAUUGCUUCUGGGGCGACCUCCAGAUGACACAACUAAGCCUGGCAGAAACCAGGGAUCAUCAAUUGCAAAUCGGAUCAUCCAAGUGGCUCUUGAGAGAGGAAAUAGCUCCAGAAAGAAACCUUCUGCAACAACUCCUAGAGUAACAACACCAAAAAUGACAACUCCCAAUACAGCUACCCAAACACCAACAACCCCCAAGGCAACAACUACAAAGGCAUCCACUUCUGCAUCACAACAGCCUUCAAUGGAGCAGAAUCAGGAAGAUCUGGCAGCCUUGCUGAAGUUGAUAGGAAACAUGGAAUCCACGACACCAGGAAACCUGACUCCCAGUCAACAGCUGCUUGCUGACUUCCUGAUAAAACAGGCAACAUCACAGCCAUCCGAGAGGAAUCUUAACAACCAGAUCAGUAUACAGGAUGUCUUGAAUCCUCCAGCCACACCAAAAACGUCCAAGAAGUUAAAGUCAUCUCCAACCACAGAAGCAGCUCCAGGUCAACUGCUUGGGGAACUGUUUGGUCCACUGAUUGGUGGAAACCAAGGUGACACCAAGAUCAGAGAUCCCAGGGCUGGGCAGGGAUUGGUAGAAGCUGCCAUCAAGGCAACAAAGACUGUGUCUCAACUGAUGGGUUCUGUGAUCCAGGGGGCAACUAAGUCACUCCAGUCAUUCAUGAAGUCAUUGGCAUGGGGAUCAGGAGCAGGUUCAGGCUGAACAGAAGUGCCUGUACAAUAUGCCAUGGUAGUACUUGCUCAACUUUUUGCCAUGAUGAGGCUUCAGUUAUUCUACCUGAGGCUUAAAAUAUUUCCCUUGAAGAGGAAUUUGUGUCGUAAUUUUACUUCUGAUUCACAUCGUAUGCAGUGGGAGCAGAUUCAGCACUGCCAUCCUAGUUGUCUCCAUGACUACAUCAGGGCAGAACUUGAGAGGCCUGGUUAAGAGGUUCUGCUGCUCCUCACUUUAUAACUUCAGUAGUAAAAUGAGCGAUAUUUUACAACUUUGUUCCAUAACUUUCUUCAUUUUUCUUUUUGAUAUUUUCUAUCUUUGUCUCUCUUUUUUUCUUUUUGCCAUGCCUUAUAUCCUAUUUUCUUUCUUUCUUUUUCCUUUUCCUUCCUUUCUUUUGUAGAUAAAUACUGGGUUGUGUCAAGUUUUGGAUCAAGGGAAAGCCAACAGAAUCUGACACAAGGUGGUGGGUAUCAGGUAUCAGCAAGCCUGGAAUCAGUUCUGAUAGUAAAAGAAAGCACACUUUGAAUGCACAUAUUACAAUUUCCAAACUAUUUUUGCUCACAUUCUGCUAUGUAACAAAUUAAUUUCGCCAUAUGGUCACAUCUAAUUAUUGGCAUUACUUGGAGUAUGUAACACAAAAAUAUGUAGCCUGCAUGCAAUUUCUUACUAUUUUCACAUAGGAAGAAAUUGACUGGCUGAUUGAUUGAUUGAUUGAUUGUAGAUUAGUUUAGACUCUACAUCUCGACAUGUGUGAUUGUGACUAUAGAACGACUUCACACUGAUUUACAAAAAACACAGUGUCUGUUUUGCCAGAUUCCAUUGACAUGGCUUGUCUGCACAGUAGCAAAUAUAAGUUAACAGGAUUUUCCAUUCUGCUACCAAAAUCAGUCAUUUCCCUAGGAUCAGUGUCAAUUCUUCAACCUUUGUUUUUCAUUUUUGGAACUAAAAUCUUGCAUUUUCCUUACCUUUUCAAGUAACCAUCAUAGGCAAGCAUUUUCUGGCUCUCAUCUUUCUUCUGAUUUACCCUAUUCAGUGAGAGGUUAACAACAAUGCACACCUGCAACUGAAGAGUGGUGUGUAGAGGGUGCAGUUUUCACCAAACAUAUGAAUAAAAAAGUUUGCUUGUGAAUAUUGUUCAUAUUCAUUGAUGUGAAUUUUGACAGUUUCAUCUCCUCUCAUGUUAUUUUUGGCACACACCUGCCAUAUGUUGAAAACAAAUAGUUUACUUCAGUCACCAUCUUAAUCUGAAGUAAUUCAAAGUGAUAAUCCACAAGGGGCUAUUAAUGCCUUUCUCUUCAGGUCACACUUGCUCAUGAUAUUUAUGAAACUGGCUUAUACAUUACAAACAGCAAAUCUCCAUUGAACACAAUUCUAAAAUUCCUGAACACUUAUCCAUUUCAGACAGAUUUCCAUUUACUACAGUCAUAUAGUUCUAGAUAAGCAAAAUAUUUCACACUACAUACUCCAUAUUUUUGUCCAAAUCACAGGCCAAAAAUGCACCCUAUAUAUGUACUAAACAGUUCAUAUGUUCAAUUUCCAUUUUUGUAUCCCAUUGGAGUGUUCUCACUUAUUUUAUUAUCACAAGGGCCCAAUAAUUUCCCAUUUGUGACAGGUAUGUUCCUUCUUAGAUAAUUGUUAGGAAGCACAUCCCAGAACAAAACUAUAUAACUGUAUAGCACUAAGUACAGACAACCAGACUACAGAGCUCAGACAGGUUUUCUUCACGUAGAAGGACCUCAAUGUAUAUUCUUGUCAGAACUGAAUCCAUGAUGGCUUCCACAGACAAAGCCAGAAAUGCAACACAUAUCCCAUAGCAACUGACACUUCUAAAAGAAUUUGUAGUCAGAAACCCCUUCUGUGGGACAGACACUGGAUUAUGGAUACCAGUUUCACAUAAAUAUUUCAUACAUUCACUAUUUAUGUUCAAGGUGUAAAGAAAGUGUAAAAUGAACGUUAAAUGGGGAGGGGGAAGAAUCACUCUAUAUGUCUGCAUGUUCCAUCUGUAAAACUAAUAAACAAAUUUUGAUAUUUGAUGCUGGUGAUCCACUAAAAUUUGUUGGGGACUAAUUUAAUUUGGGCCCAUAACAGUGUUGCAUCACUCCUACUUUACAUGUCGCUCAAGGUGCACUUAUUGAUAUUCUAGAAAAUAGCUCAUCAUACAAAAGUUUAGUAUAUGACAUUAAAUGUAGACAACCAUUAAUGUCUACAACUCCUAUCUAAAAGAUUUCUUAAUAUAGUGAAUACUUACCAAAAUUAAAGAAAAUGUGGUGCUGUUUUGGCCAGGUGAGCGACUACUAGCUUCUCAAGAAGCGCUCCACUCUGUGGAAUUAAUUGACUGUUAGUCAUGCAGCAUGUGCCAUGUUAGAUACAAUUAGUAUGAGAAGUGGAGAGUCAGUCUCAGGGCUACCAAAAUAGCAAUUAUGGUGGGACGAGUGGCACUGAGUACUUUGAUUUUUCCUGCCAGUUAGCAUUCACCAAUAUGCCAUUUUCUUAUCUACCAUCCAGGACUGGUACAGUGGGCCUAUUUGUUGUUUAGUAACAAGGACUCAGUCUCACCCCAGGCCAAGAAUAAAAAGAAAGUUAUUCAGGGUCAUAUCUGUGGCUUCAUUAGUUUUGUAACAGUAAAUUGUUAUAUGCACUAAAUGAACACAAAAACAGGUGAGGCAUGUAAAAGAGCAAAGUGAGCAUUUGGAAAAAAUGUGUCAUUCAUUUAUAUACAGCUCUCCACUCUACUUAAGUAAAGACACUCUUAUUAGAAUCAUUUAAUCAGUUCAACAAAUCAAUAAAUUAAAGUUUAACUAUGUUACACAAAUACAAUGAUAUCUAAUAGGAUUCCUCCAUCCAGAGUGAUAGAAAAAACAAUCAACACACAGGUGAAAGAUGGUUAGAAAGAUCUCAAGAGGGAUAGAAAGGUUAACUUUUUUUAAUACUGGCCUACUAGAACCAAUAUGGAGGUAAAACCUGGAUUUUUAAAACUAUUUGGCAAUAACAUUGAACACGCUGUCCUGUCAAAAGAAAUGUUUGCACGACAGAAGUAUAACACAACUUUGAAUAAAAAGUUAUACCUUCUAUAAAGUCAGUAAAUAAUACAUGAAAUUUUUUCUUUUUUAGAUAUUAAAAGUUAGGCAGUAAAUUAAGAUUUCUGUCUUCUCUAGUAUGGCACUAUGUAAUAUGCUGCUAGUUUGUUACUAGCAUCUUGGAAUUUAUAUUUAACAGACAAAACAGAGAGAAAAUGUAGAAAUGUAAAAGCACGUGCCUAGGUAUAUCUGUAAUUCUUGCUCUGUAAUUCUUUUUGGUACAUACUGGCAUAAAAGAAGCUCUUUGUUAGCUUCUAAUGAAAUCAGCAUUAUUUACAUAGCUUUCUGUAUUUGUACUGAAUACAGUGCUAUGUUUCUACCCUGUACCUGUAAUAUUAUACAGGUCCACAGUUCUUCAAAAAGCAGAGUUCUUGUCACUUAAGUGAUGAAUGUGGCUGUAUGUGGAAAAUGUUUGCAUUUCUCAGUUAUCUCCAUAACACUUACAUUAUAAACUGAAUGAGUAUUAUCAUGAAUGGUGUCAGGAUUUCUUCCAAGGGGGAGGCCAGGAAUGUUGCUUACAAAUUCUUUUCAGAAUAUUUUUUCAUUAGCCUACAAUUAUGGGUUUCUGCAUUGAAACAAAGACAGUACCCCAUUUAAAACUAAUUUCAAUUUUUGGUACUGAUAUUUGUUUUAUUUCCUAUUUCAAUAUUUAUCAUUUCCCAAAAAUCCAGAAGGUGAAAAGAUGCCUGGCUAGCCCCCACUAGAAAGUGCCUGUGAUUAUUUAAAUACGUAAUGUCAGUGGUUACGGAUGUUGUGCUGUCUGUUAUAAAUAAAGAAGUUUAAGACUU